AUGGGAAAGCAAUGCGUCUUCUUAGGUUCCCGAGGGGAACUCAAUGGUUUUGGCGAUAUUUAUUCACAAUUGGUCACAGAACCUAUGAUAGAAGAAGAUGAGGAGGUAUCCUAUAUAAUUGUUCCAGAUUUUAAUCACUUGCUUUUUUCUAUAUCAUUGGAAAUUAACGGCCAGCAAACUCUUGGUGAAAAGUACACUCUUCUCUCACAGAUGAUAUCUGAAUCGAUUAUGAAUGGAGCCAUCUGGAAAUGUCUUGGUUACGCGACAGAAAUAGUACCAUGGAGAUUGACUCAUUAUGGAAACUCAAUCGAAAUCAAACUAAUCGAUAAGAUCUUGAAUCACCAGCAGAUUGAAGAUUUGAAAAAAUCAAGUAUGUAUAACAUUGCGGUUUUGACAGCAGUUCACACAAAGAUUCGUAUAAAUGAUGCCAGACUUGUAUUUACGCAUCAAGACAUCGCAACGUCUUGUCAAUUAUUGGUGAAACAUCUAAAUUAUUUAAUGUUCUGCAGUUAUAUUCAUUUGCAGAGUCAUGCACCUUUGGCGUUCUCAUUUUCUUCAAGAAUGAAAUAUAGUGCCUCCUUUGAAUUCACAACGUCAUUAGUUCAGAGUUUUACUAAAUCUGACCAAACAUCUGUUAUCGCUGCAAGGGCCAUAAAUGCGGGCUUUUUAAGGCAAACAAUUAGUACAGAUUUUGCAGGAUAUCUAAGAGCAUUGACGAAAUCUCAAAGGAGGAGAAUGAAAGAUGAGAAAUGGCUUAUGCUUCAGUUCUUCGUGGAGCUCGAAAUGAAAAAUUAUUAA